AUGCCUUUGGGAAUCCACAAUCCGCUGCCCUCUUCCAUGAGGAGCGAGUGUAAGAAGGCUGGGACAAUUCUCGCCUCGUUUGUUGACCCCAGGCAAGCAUUCGGUCCUGACAAGAUUAUUCCACCGGAGAUUCUGGCCGGAGCAAAGGGUCUUGCUAUACUCUCUGUUCUCAAAGCCGGUUUCUUGGGAUCUGGUCGCUUUGGCUCCGGAGUCGUAGUCGCUCGACUCUCUGAUGGAAGUUGGUCUGCGCCCUCUGCGAUCGCUACAGCGGGUGCCGGGUUUGGAGGACAAAUAGGGUUUGAAUUGACGGAUUUUGUAUUCAUCCUCAAUGACGCGUCUGCAGUCCGUACAUUUUCACAGGCCGGAAGUAUCACGCUGGGUGGCAAUGUUUCAAUAGCCGCUGGGCCAGUCGGUCGAAACGCCGAGGCUGCGGGUGCGGCUAGCACAAGAGGUGUAGCGGCUGUCUUCGCGUAUUCCAAAACGAAGGGGCUGUUUGCUGGUGUCAGUCUGGAGGGAAGUGUUUUGGUAGAGCGAAGGGACGCCAACGCGAAGCUCUACAGCCCUGGCAUCACAGCUCGUCAGCUCCUCUCUGGUUCGGUCCCCCCUCCUUCAGCCGCCGAUCCUCUUAUGCGAGUGCUCAAUUCCCGUAUCUUCUCCGGUGCUUCUAUGUCAAGCCCCGAUGCUAUGUAUAAUGACAUCCCCGUCUACGGAGACACCCAUGAUGACGUCGUUUGGGAAGGUCGUCGGGGCUCUGCGUAUGGGGAAGGACAAAGGAGAGAACGAGCUGGAUCUCGGGCGACAGAGCCUUUGGACGAUUAUGAAUAUCGAGACCGCCCUCGUCGAGCGACAACUUGGCAGGAUGAUGUAUACGACCGACCAAGUUCUGGCGGCUUUGGUCGCUCCAACACAACAAGAGGCGGCAGCGGAUAUGACGAUGAAGAAUUCUUCAGCAAUCGCUCUCGGCCCAGCCGUCCUACGGCGCCUAAACCUGUCUUUGCCCAACGUACUGGAGCUGCGGCCAGUUUACGGGAAGACCAAGCAGUUGCGCGUUACACAUUUGACGCGGACCAAGAAGGCGAUCUCGGUUUCAAGAAAGGCGAGGUUAUCACAAUUCUCAAACGCACCGAUAAGGCAGAAGACUGGUGGACUGGUAGAAUUGGCGACCGGACCGGCAUUUUUCCAAGCAACUAUGUCGACGCCGCCACGAAAUGA